UCAAGUGACAGUCUGGUGAAAUGAGGGUAACAUGGAGAACAUGUGAUGCCUCUCCAGAUGGCGGAAGCUUUUUAGGCCGAAAAGACUGGUUGCGAAUCCUGCAUGAAAAACAUGUCUCUCUCCCCCCACACACUUUAUGGAAGGUCACUCCUGAAAGGUCACAUCGUCUCUCAUGUGCUGAGGAGGUUUUAUGAGCGCUGAGCCGAUGACACCCAUUUAAAACCGUGUUGUGUAACAUCUGUCAUUUAGAAAGUAGAGGUUUUUAGGAAACAUUUGAAGCCUGCGGAGGAAGAUGGCCGCGGAGGGAUCUUAUUCAGCAACUUAUUGAUCGCCUCAUCAGAUCAGAUCCCACUGAUCCAUUUCAACAUCUGCAAUUUGUGUGUGUGUGUGUUGAUGUUAAUCUGUGUGUCUCCAAGUUCCCGCUCCGCCUCGGCGGUUUGAUCCCGAGAGCUUCGCUUUACUUCUAUAAUCCCGCCAACCGCGCAUCUCACUCUCCAUCCAUCCAGGGGAUUUGACUGCCAUUAAGAGAUGGCUUUUUGGUCUGUGUGUGUGUAUUAUCAAACACACACACACACACACAUGGCGAAGGGAGGGGUGUGCGGGUACAUUCCCAGCAGCACACACUUUAUCUGGAGGACCGUGACGGGCAGCAGCCUCCGUGGUGCCGUUGAUGGGACGGGCAGGAUGGACCGCGUCCUUCAACACCCACGGGUGCAGCAGUCUGGACACAUCUACAGACCUCCGGUAAUCCGGGCAUGUCCCAGUUGAGAAGCUGCAGUCAUGACUGUCAUCACUUUCACCGUCUCCGUGCUGUGCCUGCUGCCCCAGGCGGCGCUGGCCCGCUGGGCCUGUGUGCGGGCGUGUCCGGCCUCCUGCUCCUGCACCCCGGAGAAGAACUGCAGCGUGCUGUGCGACCGCUCCGGCAUCGCUGAGGUGCCCAAAGAGUUCCCCUGCGAGGCCGCCGCCAUCAACCUGGACAAGAACGCGCUCAAGUUCCUGUCGGAGAGGGCCUUCGGCACGCUGCCCGCCCUCAAGUCGCUCUCGCUGGACCACAACAACAUCUCCUUCAUCACCCCCGGAGCCUUCAAGGGCCUCUCCAACCUAGUGGAGCUGAAAAUAGCGAACAACGACUACAUCAGUUACCUUCACACGCGGACGUUCACUGGGGUCAAGAAGCUGGCGCGCCUGGACAUGUCCAACUGCAACCUCUUCAACAUCCCCGACCGCAUCUUCAUCGAUUCGCCGGCGCUGAAGGAGGUGCUCUGCUUCGAGAACCACUUCCGGAGGAUCCCCGGAGCCUUCCGAGGGAUGGAGAACCUGACUCACCUCUACCUGGAGAGGAACAAGAUCGAGGCGGUGGCCUACAACUCCCUGCUGGGCCUGGGGGGUCUCAAGUACCUGAACCUCCAGGAGAACCGCAUCAACGUGAUCCACGACGGAUCCUUCCAGGACCUGCUGCGGCUGGAGAACUUCUACUUCAACGACAACCUGCUGUGCGAUCUGCCGCGCCACGCCUUCAGAGGCCUCGGCCGCCUCAAGAUGCUCAACCUCGGGGGGAACCUGCUGACCAACGUGUCCAGGACGUGGUUCGGCGACCUGGUGGAGCUGGAGGUGCUGCACCUGGACCGGAACCGGCUGCUGAACAUCGAGGAAGGCACGUUCGAGAACCUCACCAGCCUGAUCACGCUCCACCUGAACGGCAACAACCUGACCGCCCUCCCGCUCCCGGUGUUCCAGCCCGUCUACCUCCUGGGCCGCCUCUUCCUCUUCCGGAACCCGUGGGCGUGCGACUGCUCCCUGGAGUGGCUGAAGGAGUGGAAGCAGAGCUACCGGCUGGUGCGGGGCAUCCCCUGCGCCUCGCCCUCCUCCGUGGCGGGACUGGAUCUCGGCGAGGUGGCUUUCGCCAGGGCGAACGGCUCGUGCGUGGACCCCGGCGAGCUGAACCUGACCACGGCCCCGUCGGAGAUCGCCGCCGCCACGGAGAACCGCUUCCACAGCCUCAUCUCCAAGCUGCUGCAGCAGGAGAUCCGAGAGGAGAGGGGCGACGGCACCGAGAGCCUCCGCAACGGGACCCUGCCGGACGCCGAGGGCGGGCAGCUCUCCGCGGGGGGCGGGGGUCAUCGGGCCCACGCCGGCCAAUCGAUUGUCUGCGUCGUCGCGGUGUGGCUCUUCUUGGAUUGGAUGUCACAGUGUUGGCGUUCAGACUGGAUGACUGUGGCAGAGGGAUGAAAACACGAACACGUGACCCUUGCGUAACGCUCAAUUCCAAUUCACACGACGUCAUAUCCGUAGCGCGGCGUCGUCCGUUCCGAGUGUUUGUUUCAUUAUUUUCGUGGAGGGUGUUUUCCCUCCCAUCGGUGUGUAAAGUUCAAAGAGAUGGGAGCUCCCGUAGUGACCUCCUCAACAGAUGUCCUCCCCGCUCGGCCGCGUUCAGCUCCACAUGUCGGUUCUGCAGCUUUUCCAUAAACGCAUUAAUCUUCUUAUUGCGCGCGGCUCAGCGUCGGUGCCGCUCGUGUGCGUCGCGGCGUCAUGGAGGGACUCUCGCACACCGGCGUGGCGUGAGGGCCAUUAUGUCAGGUCGCGGGCUGGGGGGAGGGAAACGAUGUCGAAGCUCGUCGGUGCCCCGCGGGAUGAGAAAAGCAGGUUUCAGGUACGUCGAUUACACUUCACGCAAACGAACUCUUCUUAAUUUGCUCUAUGUUUUGUUUCUGUUCAUAAGCGUAGGCCUACGUACGGGUGUGUUCUCUGCAGCUGAACCGGUAACGAGGACCCCGGUUCUGCCCGUUCCACUGCUUUCCUUUGACCCUGGUGGAUGUUCGUGGUUUGGUCUGGACCGGCAGUGAUCCGGUUCAUUGGUGUUUGAAGAUGAAAACGCUGUGUCACAUGAUAAGUAUUUUUUAAUCAAUAAAAUGUUUUAAAAUGC